AUGGCGUCCAGGAUAGCAUCAAGGAGCGUCAAGGACGCAACCCGCUUCACCUCGACCAUCCCCCACGCCGCCUCCAAAUCAGCCCAGUCCUCCGCCGCCGCACAGUCCCGCAUCCCAGGAGAGACGCCCGAACAACGAGUCCGUCGCUUAAGGCAAGCCCAUCUCGCUGCUCAGAGAGCACAGGUCAGCACUACAGACAACGUCAUCAACUACUCGAGGAAAUUCUUCGAUGUCGCACACAAGGUCACAAUCGGGAGUGUCAUUCUGUUUACGGCUGUGGCCGGUGUCGUGAGCAUCUACUCCGUUUGGGAUAUGCUACAGUACAACCGUGCCCGCCGGGCUGAAUGGAUCGAAGCUCAGAAGACCCUGGAGGCAGAUGAGCUCUCCGCAGCUCGUAUAGCAUACAUCAAGGGCGAUGCGACGGAGGAGCAGAUCCUGCUCGUGGAGGAGGCCAACCGCGACGCCGAGAAGCGAGGUGUCAAGCUGCCACCUCUCCUGGCUCCCCCGGAGCACCGCACGCAUUUCGAGGAGCACCUCAAGCCUUCGAUCGAUGGGGAGAAGGUCCCCGAUAAGACUCAGGGCAAGGGCAUCCUCGGUGUAUUAUCCGGCUUGACCGGCAGUAAAAACGCAACAGCCUCAGAGAGCACACAGGGAGGCAACUCAACACAACCCAGCGAUCUGGUGGCCACUCAAACUAUCGAAGAUAAGGCCAAGCAAGCAUGGGAAACCGAGUUGGAUAACCAACGCAAGGGUGGAAGCUUAGAUCAGAUUGGACUCGAUAACGGAGCCUCCACUCAGACACCUGCCAAGAAGGGCUGGUGGCCUUGGUAG